GCUCCCCUUUAGCGUUUGGUGAGCGCCGCGGCCGCGCGCUUCAGGCUUGAGCGUUGCGAGCGGCCCCCUUUAGGCAGGGACAGGAGCUGCCUUUGGCAAGGAAGAAGGAGCUCGGGCAGCGAGGAGAGCGCCGCCGCCGCUGCCUCUCUCUCCCUCCCUUCCCCACCCCCGCUUCCUCCUCAGCAUGGUGUUCGCCCAGCAACAGCAGCCGGAGCCACCGCCGCCGUCUCGGGCUUGAGCCACACGCCGCCUUGCGAGGCUUGCGCUAGAUCACUCCUUGCUUUCUGAGGUCUCCUCCUUCUUCCCUCCUGGCGAAGAGGGGCCGAGGCAGCAGGGCUGGUUGUCGGCCCCCAGCCCCAUUUCAGGACUGCGGUGCAUGUUCGCUCCCUGCGAGUGCGUGAGGCGAGGUGGCAGGAGGACCAUGAAAAUGAUCCGGUUCCGGAGCUCCAGCAUCAGGUCUUUGAGCCAGGAGAUGAAAUGCACCAUCCGGCUGCUGGACGACUCCGAGAUCUCCUGCCAUAUCCAGAGAGAGACCAAGGGUCAGUUUCUCAUAGAUCAUGUUUGCAAUCAUUACAGUUUGCUGGAAAAAGACUACUUUGGCAUUCGCUAUGUGGAUCCUGAAAAGCAAAGGCACUGGCUCGAGCCCAACAAGUCUAUCUCCAAGCAAAUGAAAUCUCAUCCGCCAUAUACCAUGUGCUUUAGAGUGAAAUUCUACCCACAUGAACCCCUGAAGAUUAAAGAAGAGCUCACCAGGUAUCUUUUAUAUCUACAAAUUAAAAGAGAUAUUUUCCAUGGCCGUUUGCUGUGUGCAUUUUCUGAUGCUGCCUGCUUAGGUGCAUGCAUUGUCCAAGCUGAGUUUGGUGACUAUGAUCCUGAUGAACACCUGGACAAUUAUGUCAGUGACUUUAAGAUUUUCCCCAAACAAUCCCAAAAGCUGGAAAGAAAAAUAGCUGACAUACAUAAAUAUGAAUUCAGGGGUCAGAGUCCAGCUGUUGCUGAGUUUAAUUUAUUAUUGAAAGCACAUUCUUUAGAAACCUAUGGCGUUGAUCCCCAUCCUUGCAAGGAUUCAACAGGGACCACAACAUUUUUAGGAUUCACAGCCACAGGUUUUGUUGUUUUCCAGGGAAAUAAAAGGAUACAUUUGCUAAAAUGGUUUGAUGUCUGUAAAUUCAAGUUUGAAGGAAAGACAUUCUAUGUGAUUGGAAUUCAGAAGGAGCAAAGGGGCAGAAGGCUAGAGCCUCACCAAGAUAUAUCAUACCCCUACCCUGAGGAGGAAGAAGGGGACCUAGAAAAACCAGAAGGCAUCCAGAUUCAGUGCUGGAAAAAGGCUAUGUUGUCAUUUCAUACCUCUACACCAGCAGCCUGCAAACAUCUUUGGAAGUGUGGAGUGGAGAACCAGGCUUUUUACAAGUAUGCAAAAUCAAGCCAAAUAAAGACAGUGUCCAGCAGCAAAAUAUUUUUUAAAGGCAGUAGAUUUCGAUACAGUGGAAAAGUUGCCAAAGAGGUUGUUGAAGCAAGUUCUCAGAUCCGGAGGGAGCCCCCGGAAGUGAACAGAACCAACAUUGCUCAGAGUCACAGCUCUCAUUCUUUGAAUAAACAGCUCAUAAUUAAUAUGGAGCCUCUGCAACCUCUCCUUCCAUCCCCACAUGAUCAGGAAGAGGUUCUCUCUGAUGAAGGGGAAGACCCUGCCAUCAAUUCCCACCUGGUCCAGCAUGACCCCAUCCCUGUGUUCGUUCCUGGAAGCCUGGCAGCUUGGGAAUCUGGUUCCUUCUCCGUACCACAUGAUUCACCCUCCUGUGUUCGUGCCCCCAGGUCUCUCGGUAUCCAACUGCCGAAUGAAGAAGAUGUUAAAAUACCUAUGAUAUCCAGCUGUCCUGUUAAGGAGGCAGAUGAUAGUUCAGAUCUUUCUAUCGAGGAUGAAGAGAAAAUUAAGGAAGAACCUCUAACAAUCUCAGAAUUAAUGUACAAUCCAAGCACCAGCUUGCUCCCUACUCCUGUUAAUGACGAGGAGAUUGACCUGCUUUUUCAAACCUCUCCAAGGGCAGAGAAUGAAAAAGAAGAUACAGAUUCAUUUGAGGAACUGGAGGCAGAUGAAAAUGCAUUUUUGGUUGCAGAGGAAGAGGAGCUGAAAGAAGCUAGGAAAGCACUUAGGUGGAGCUAUGACUUCUUGAUGGGCAACAUGAAGAUAAAUGCUGUUGUGAAGAGUUUUUCCAAACUACUUCUUGUUGGACUUGGAAUAUUGCUGGUUGUUUUCCCUCUUCUGCUUGUUCUCUUGGAAUCAGACCUUGAUAUCUCCUUCCUCCAUGAAAUACGCCAGACUCCAGAGUUUCAGCAGUUUCAUAUUGAAUAUUACUGUCCUCUUAGACAGUGGAUGGCCUGCAAAAUAGACUUUGUUGGCCACUUGUUGGGCAGCUCUUAAACACUAAGAAUAUGUGACAUGACUAAGGGCUAUAUUCAAAACUAGUGAAGUUCUGUCAGUACUAGGUGCUCAUAAGCAUAUUUAAGGCCAUCAUGAAGUAGUUCUUCAUUUUUGAUCCAUAAUAGACUUUGAAGUUCUUGGUUUCCUUUUCAUAAUUUAAUGAUUGAUUUAACUACAAUAUUUAACUACAAUAUUUAACUUUCAAUAACCAAAAAGCAGUUUGAUUUCCUUGUUUGCCUGUUUUUAUUCAAUGACUGAAUACAACAGAAAUUUAUCAUCUCUAUCAUUACAAGCCAUGAUGUGCUAAAUAUAGCAGCAAACAGAGGGUGAUGUUUUUGAAUAUACUCCUUAGUAAAACAAUCUUUACUAACCAAUGCCUAUACAAACAAUGUUCAUUGCGGGGUUUUUCUUUCUUGGUUUGAUUUUUCAUUAAAAAAUAUAUUUUUAUGUGUUUACAAGAUUUUGGUAAAUUUUGAGCAAAGACAACUUGAAGAUUUAAGUGUAUAGAUUACAAAAAUAAAUGCACAACGGCAUGUCGUGGAUUUUUAAAACGUUUUAGCAACUUUUUUUUAAUUGAAGAAUGAGGUUCUGAGAGAUCUGCACAAGAUGGCAAGCAAUUUAGAGGGAAAGUAGGCAAGGCCUACUUGAUUGAGUUGAAAUGUCACUCGAUCCUCAAAUAUCAUGUUUCUGAUGGCCAAACUACACAUUACAAAGCAAACAUGGAAUUGCUUUAUAAUGGUAAUAUAGAGGUUAUUUGCAGGGGAGAAUUCACUGGCAGCAGGAAAUAUUUAAGCUUUCUUGUACCCACUAAUUCUUCCUUGUACUAUAGCCAUUUUUCAACUGUCACUCUUUGGUAGGUUACAAGACUAGAAGAAGCCCAGCUCCCUAGAGGGAAAAUGUGCAGGGGAGACUAAGUAGGUACAGGAAUGGUUGCGCACUUUCUUCAGUCUGUUGAUUCUGCCCAGCAAAUCCACCUUAUCCCUGCAAGCAAUCCCCUUUCCAAGCACAUGUUAGCUAGUAUAAUGUGUAGUUCUGCCUGGGCAGUUCUAAAGCUGAAGAGAGGUGAGUACUUUUUAUAAGGGGGCAAUUCAGUUUUUCCUGUGGUUUACCAGUUCAGGUAGUGGUAAUGAAAGGUCUUUGCAAGGCAGCGCAAGUAUAGUCUGUAAGAGGUUUAGGGAAUUAUGAUUAACUGUAGAUUGUUGUACAUAACACAGAAAUGUGGAUAUCAAAAAAACAAAAACAAAAAAGUCUAGAUAGACUUACUUAAAUAUGUAGAAGUGAAAAAUACACUAGUUUCUAAAAACAGAGACGGUCUUCGUGGAAAGCAUCCUACCCCCUGAAUCCCAAGCAUUUGAAGAUAAAUUUCUUAGUAGCUGAUUCCAUUCAUUAUUCUUUCAUCAUGGUACAUCCCAAAGUUUCUUAGUUGUUGAUUCUAUUCAUUACUGUUUUAUCAUUAUAAAUGCUGAGUCACCAUUUUACAUUAUUAUUUCUUGUGCAUGGUAACUCUCUUACCUAAUAUAAGUGGCAAUGGAUGCACAUGGUUUAUUUGUAAAUGUGUCCCUAUGACAGUGGUGUGUAGUUAUCUUUGUUGUCUUGAUGUGCUGGGGAUUUUGUUCAUGUGUAGCUCCAAGUACUUCUAAGAGGCUAUAAAUGCAUAAAACCUCAUGUGUGUAGAAAAGAUCAGUAUGAUCCAGUGCCCAAUUUUGAAAAACAAAUAUUUUGUAUUCUUCGGUUUGGAUUGCCUUACUCUUUAUCUAACUGUAUCAAUUGCAGGACUCUUGGCCAACAGGUUUUCUUCUGCCUGUACUAAAAAACAUGACUUUAUUUGCAUUAUUGCUGUAAGAAUUGCUUCUAUUUAUGAUUUACAUGGAAUUUAUGAGUGUAUAAACUAAUUUUUAUCAUUUAACCUCACAACAACCUCUUGAGGUGAGUUCAUAAUGUUGUGAAUAAUUUAACCAGCUAUUUCAUCCAUGAAGGGUGUGAAUCAUGUUUAACAUGUGAAAGCAAAUGUACAGCACAAUCUAGGCCUCUGAUGAGCAUGAUUAAGGCCUUCUGAUUCUUAAAUAACCCAUAUGUGCUUAACUGCACAUCAGAUUGUGCCAGUAAUUUGUCCAAUGUAGAUUUAGUAAUGCUGAGUUGGGGAAACACUGAGCCCUUGAUUCAGAGCUCUAAUGGAGCACCAUGUAUAUUUUGGAGCUCCCACGCAUGCAAGUAGCUGUUGAAUCAUGAUGGAAGUCUUCAAUUUAUUUCCUCUUUUUAUCAAGUUGGCUACUUUGGAAAAUUUUGGCUAGUCCCCUUUGCUUGUUCUUCAUGUCUUAAAAGGUAUUUGGUACCUUUUUAUAAUAACUUGUUUCAACAAUAACUAUAUGAACAGUUCUCCUGUGUCUAAGGUUGGUUCAGAUCAUUUAUAGCUCUACCUUUAAGGUUUUAUCUUCAAAUCCUGCCUUUCCUAAAUCAACAGUUCCCUUGCGAAUAAUUGCUAAUCAAGUGUUUGGUGCAUAUUUAAUACUUUUACAGCUCCUAGCUGAAUCCUUUUAAAUCCAUUUAGGAGACAUCUGUCUUGGUUUCCAAAACAAAGAUAACAAUCACCUGUAUUUUAGGCACUAUGGUUAUAGAAGAUGGCAAUACAGACUUUGCAUAUAGUGUACUAAAAAUAAAAUGAAGUUCUAUUCUGGGUCCUAUAGAAAUAGAUAAAUAGAGACCUAAAUUUACUGAGCCCCAUAAUUAUAAUCAAUUAGACCUCUGGGUUCUAAAAUGUAGUCUUGUCAAUGUCAUAGAGCUCCAGAAUCAUUAGGAGCAUUGAUUUGAUUUGAUUUGAUUUGAUUUGAUUAGGGAAGGGUUGAGUUGCAUGAGGAACAGAUUACCUCAGAGAAUGGACUGUGCAAUAAGAAUGCAUGUAGGGGUAGAUGCAAAUGCAUGUACAUGAUUGUACAGAUGCAUAUACACAUUUUUGAUCCUUUACAGCUUUCCUAGGUUGAAUUCUGUUGAAUAAUGAGCACAUCUUUUCUAGAUAACACCUUUUGUACAUAACAGAUAAAGCUGAUAUGAAGCUGGGGAAGAGUGUGUAUAUAAUCAACAGUAUGUACUGCAUAGACCGAAACAAAGUCUUGUCUCCAGUACUGGAAAUGUCUGGCAUAUGAAGAGCCCAUAGGUACAGUAUUGUGUAUUUUUGUUUGUGCUUAGAAUAUUGUAAAACAUUAUGUACUUGAAAUCAAUUUUGUGAUUUGUCUAAUAAUUAUAAACACAACUCUGGGAAGAAUUAAAUAGGGUUUAUUUCAUGAAAUGCAAACACAAAAAAACUAGGCAAAAAGGUACCUGUAAACUUGAGCCUUAUCUUUGUAAAGUUCACAUUUCUAUGUCAACAUCUUGAUUGUUUUAUAUGUUAAUAUAAUGACAGGACUCCCUAAUAAA